AUGGAUUUUCCUCAGCCAAAUGAACUUUUCUUAUUGGAACAUAAUUAUGCAUUACCCCGCUUGGAAAAUGUUGAAGAUGUUGAGCAUGCUGAAAGGCAAAGACAACAUCAUCUUGAAAUUGUACGACGAAGGAGGGCCAAUAUAUCUUUGCAACAGGCCCAACAGCGUAGAGCAGCAGAUGCUCUACGCCAAAAUGCAAGACGAGCAGUAGAAAAUGUUGCAGAUGCAAAUGCACGACAGCAUGCUGAUGCAAAACGUCAUCGUGCGAAUAGAGAAAAUGAAUUACCUCAGCAAGCUGCAGUAAGACGCAGGGCAGAUGUUUUGCGUCAUCGAGUAGCUAGGGCUCCACGUUUACUAAAUUUAGCUAGGAUUAACAAUGUUUUACCUCCUACACAUUCUGCAGUGUUGUCACAAUGGCAAAGUGGCCCUGCGUGCCAUAGCAACGACUCUGCGCAAGCUAAACAGUUUCGUAAGUAUAUCAGAGUAUACAAUAAUGCCUUUAGUUUUGCUUCUUUGUCAGCAAACAUUCGACCACCGCCAGGUCGUGGACCACCCUGUUUUAGAAUAUAUGUGGUCAAUUAUUUCACAGAAGCUGCAGCUGCCUUAAACAUGCGUAUUGAGAAUCCAACACAUGCUCAUUGUAAUCGCGAAACAACGCAGAUAAUUCAAGAUGUUCUUAACUGGGAUUCUCCAUAUGCUGCAGCUUAUAGCAAUAUGGCUGAAGUGGAACGUGAAGAAACAGCCAGAGCAGCUGCGGAAAACAGACAGCCUUCUGUUGAAGUUGCUGCCAUCUUUGUUGGUAAUGAUGGUGCACCUCCUGCUGCAAGAGAUAUUGUUGUUUAUCCACGCAAUCAACCUUUGCGACAAAUCCCUUAUACAUCAUGCAAUAUUGAUCCUAUGGUGUAUCCCAUUUUAUUUCCACGUGGUGAGCCGGGUUGGGACCCAAACAUGGCCCAUGUCAGGAAGCAUGCAACUAGAGUUAGAAAUAGGCUAACCCAGUUGGAAUAUUAUAUUUACCGCAUUGCUAUUAGGAGAGAAUUCUCUGCCCUUCAUCUAGCAGGUAAAUUGUUUCAGCAAUUUUUAGUAGAUGCAUAUGUUAAAGUUGAAGGUCAACGGCUGGCAUUUAUUCGCCUAAAUCAAAACCAGCUUCGAGCAGAGUCCUACCAAGGACUUCUGGAUUACAUCCAAAAUGCUGCAGAUCAACGUAACUUACAAGCAGGUAAUGUUGUUGUCUUGCCUUCCACCUUUUCCGGCUCACCCCGCAACAUGCAUCAGUUGUAUCUUGAUGCAAUGGCAUUGGUUUCACAAAAAGGUAAGCCAGAUUUGUUCUUGACUUUUACAUGCAAUCCAAAAUGGCCAGAAAUUGUUACUAAUUUGUUACCUGGUCAAUCUGCUUCUGAUAGACCAGAUUUGGUUGCAAGGGUCUUUAAAUCAAAAAUACUUGCUUUGAAAAAAGACUUAAAAGACAGUGUAUUAGGUGUUCUGUGUGCACAUGUAGAUGUUAUUGAAUUUCAGAAGAGAGGUUUACCGCAUGUUCAUAUGCUUUUACAUCUACACAAUGAGUUUAAAUUACAAAAUGCUGAUGAUAUUGAUUCCGGAUCAAAACCAAGAUGCCGAACUGUAUGA